AUGGACAGUCAGGGGACAUACACAUUUCGUUGGGAACAUCCCGAAGCUUCAGAAGUCUUCGUCACGGGUGAUUUCGACGGUUGGAGCAAGAGUAUACAGCUGGACAAGGCGGACAACGUGUUUGAGAAGACGGUGCCGCUGAAGAAAGAGAGGCAUCAGUACAAGUUUGUCGUCGACGGCGUGUGGAAAGAGAACUCCAGCGCAAAAACCCUCACCGACGACGCAGGCAACGUGAACAACGUGAUAGAUCCGGAAGACGUUAAAGAAGACACGUCUGCAGCCAUGAUGUCCAGCGUUGGUGCCGGCGCAAGCACGACCGCGAUGGCGGGUGCACAGCCGAAAGAAAGCGAAAAGGAGCAGUCGUCUCCCACGCCCGGUGCAUUUCCUGAGACUCCUGCUCUGGAUUCUGAAGACCGCUCCUUCUCCGUCAACCCCAUCCCUGCUUCCUCCGGGAAUGCACCAGCUACCAGCAACACCAUCGAGUCCACGGUGCACGAUGACCAGGAACUAAAGAGCCAGGAUCAAGGCGAGCAGACUUUUGGUGUGAAUCCUAUCCCUGCAUCUUCAAGCAUGGGAAAUCCCAUUCAAUUAGCACCUGGCGAGAAAGUGCCAGAUCUGAGCAAAGGCAGGACUGUAGAAGACACUGCGCGGUCUGAUCCAGCGUCCUACGGGAAGAGCGACGCACAGCCACCCUCUUCAGCUCCUGGAACACAGUUCACAGCAGAUCAAGCGAUACUCAACGGACCUGGGCCCGUCAUCCCCGAAUCCAGCAUGCCCAUGGGCAACACCACUAACGCCAGCAACGCAGACAUUGGCCCGAUGAUGUCUUCUGCCGGCGCAGACAGCUCCACUGCUCAGCUUGCAGGACAGGUACCAAAGGAGCCGCGCGGUGUGCCUGAGGUGGUCAGCGACAGCCAGCACGAGGCGCAUGUCGAUCCGGAAGCAUCAGGGAACCCAGAGGCUGUUGAGGAGAAGAAGGAGAUGGAGAAAGAGCUGCAGAAGACGGUGUCUCAGUCCGACGAGCAGGGUGAGCCGGCGCCGUCUGCAGAAGACUCCAGCCAGAGUGGAGAUGGUGCGGGCGCAAAGGCGGCGGCUGGUGUUGCUGCUGCGGGUGCUGGUGUCGCAGGCGCAGCGGUCGCGGCGAAUGAGCUUGUUAAGGACAAGACUGGCAAGGACCCAGAGUCCGCGAUGCCGGAGUCUGUACAGGAGACAGUGGAUGAGAAGGCCAAGGAGUCCUCCAUCCCACAGCAAGCGACCACCACCUCCGACGAACCUGCGCCGACCGACGCCGCACGCGAGACCACCACUACCGUCCCAAGCGGUGUGACAGAAUCCCAAGACAAGGCUGGCUUCGAGCACGAGGCUGCCGGAAGUCCUGACGCUGUCAAGGAGAAGGCUGCUAUGGAGGACGAGCUGCUGCAGAAGGUCCCUGAGUCUGAAGCGCAGGGCGAGCCGGCGCCAGUCGAAAGCGCUGCUGUCGCUGCCACAGCGCCUACCGCGACGACUGAGUCCUCUGCUGUACCCACAACGGACAGCACUGCUGCCACAGCUUCGCCUAUUGGUACUACUCUCCCUUACUACGGCGAGCCACGGGAGACUGCUUCUACCGAGCCCAUGACGACGACUACAUCGUCUACUGGUGCUCCUCAGCUUGGUGACCCAACCGCUGGUGUAGCUCCAAUUUCGAUGGAGUCAAAGUCAGCGGGCGAUUCAGCGCUCAAAGCCCCAGCUGAACCCGAAACGGCGACCACUACAGAUGACUCGGCUCUUAAUGCAUCUGCCGAGUCGGAAGCCAAAGCACCUACGGACAAGCUCAAGGAGAACGAGCCACCACAAGCCGAGCCACCACAAGCCGAGCCACCACAAGCCGAGCCACCACAGGCCAUGGACAGCCGAGAUGUUAGCCCCAUGUCGAAGCAGCCCACAAUGACCCAGAGCCAGCCAGAAGCCACCACCGGCGUUGCAUCCGCCGCUGUCCCACGCAAGAACGAGCCAUCAGCGAGCACACCGCAGAAGCGACAGUCCUGGUUCGGAGGAAAAGGCACGCCGGAAAGCACCAGGACGACGGAGACGACGGACAGCAAGAAGGACAAGCGACGGAGCUUCUUUGGCAAGAUCAAGGACAAGCUCAAGUCAUAA